CUCUGACGUUCUUCAACACUUAAAAAUCUCACAUGGUUCGAUAAAAAUAACAACAAACAUAUAAUUUAUAAAUAAUGCUAUAGAGCAUUUAGAAACUUUGAUAAUGUCCACUCCGUCACGAGAUAUCAACGAUUUGUUUGAUGAUAUAGUACUUACCGAAGAGAAUCACGCUCGUCUUGGCUACGAAGAAGGCUUGAAGGACGGUAAUUCGCAGGGAAACGAGGAGGGCUAUAAAUUGGGCUACUCGCAGGGCGUUCAGUUGGGCGAGGAACUUGGCAGAAUACUGGGUGAGGUUGUGGCUCAGCAACAAUUGCCCCAUACGGAGAGGGUGCGACGAACUCUUGACCAGCUGCGGUCCCUCAUUGAAGGAUUUCCCCGGAAGAACGAGUCGGAAGCGGACAUUAUCGGAGCCGUAGAAACCAUCCGCAAUACUAAUCGGCGCCUUCGUGCCCUCUUGGGUACCAAAGGAACAGCUUCUCCCGAACCAUCCCCUGCUAAUCGCAAGGAUUAUAGUUUCUAGCGUAAUGGCCAAAGGUGUAACU